AUGAUAUUUGUAAUCUUUAAUGAAAAUCAAAUUAGUGUAGAAUAUAAUCUUUUAUUCAAACACUUUGUUUUAGGUCAACUUAUUCAGCAGACUGAACAACAUAACAAAACACUUUUUGAAUAUUCAGAUCUCACAAAGUUUGAAUUAUGGAGAUCAUGUUUAUUGAAAAAUGAGGAACUUCGGAAAGAAAUUGAAAAUCAAUAUCCUUACGAAAGAUGUCAUAAACUUGAAAAUAAAUUGCCAAUGAGUAUAAAAAUGCUGAAUGCGCACUUAGUUGACAAAUUUAAAACAAUCGCACGUAUAAAUUAUUACCAUAUUACAUAUCUGAUCAUAAAAGAUGUUUCUGAAGGAAUCGAUCCUGUUAAAAGUAAGAGAAUUGAUGAUACUCAUGGAGAAUAUUUCAAUAAUCGUUGUUCCAGUUGCCAACAUUCUGAUACCAUUAGACUUCUACUUAGUAAAUGA